AUGGACUCCAGACGCGACAACCACUUCUUCUGCGAGGAGCCCGUGCCUCGUCCGCCAUUCGGCCCACACCCACGGCCCUCUUCUCCGCCGCCUCCUCCUCCUCCUCCUCCACCUGGCGGUUUUCCGAGGCGUCCUCCCGCUCGCGGUGACCCUCCCAACACCCCUCCAACCCCUGUCCGCCCGGGUGCGCAGAGCUUCGCGCAGUUCAGCUCCGCGCUGGCGACCUGGUCGCUUCAGGUCAAGAUGGCCCACGAUUCCCAACGGCGGGUGGCCAACCAAUACACCGAGUACGAGCGGAUCGUCGAGUACGUGGACUGGUUCCACAAGCUCGACGCAGAUAGCAGACUCGCUGUCGCCCGCCGCGUCGAAGCUGCCCGUCUGUCCGGCGGUGCGAGCUGGGGAGGAUGA